GCAUUGUAGUCUGCCAAGAUUUUAUUAAAGCCAAAGCUUUUAUUUGUCGACUGCGAAUUAAAGGAAGUCUUGAAUACGUGAGAAGGAAGAUCCUGCAAGAGAAAUAAGGUAGUUUUGGAUACACCGGAAAAAUGACUCUUUUUCUCAGACAGUUUCACAUCAUUUCUUCAUUGAAAUCCAGUCCUGACAAAGAGCUGCUUCCUUUUUAUAAAACUAUUGCUCCUGUGCUAUCCUUACACCCAGCUGUGUGUAAACUACAUACUCAAACUGUGAGAAAAAAUAUGCAACUCAGCGUAAAUGAUAAUUCAGGUGAAAAGAAAGAAAAACCUUUGGCUAUCAUUUUAUCAUGGAUGAUGGCCAAAGAAUCUCACAUUGACAAGUUCAGGUCUUUGUAUCUGACAAGAGGAUUCGAUGUAUUGACUGUUAACAUGGCUCCGAAAGAUUUGCUAUUUCCUGUGUCUGGUUCCCAGGUUACUGCUAAGAACAUCCUGGACUAUGUGAAUGAAAAUAACCAAUAUGGCAACAUUGUUGUUCACGCAUUUUCCGUCGGGGGAUAUUUGAUGGGUGAAAUGUUCGUAAAAAUGCGCGAGCUCAAAGACAAAUAUCAAAGUAUUGCUUCGAAAAUAAGCGGCGUCAUUCUCGAUAGUGCGGUAGAUAUAGAGGGAAUACCAACUGGAUUUCCCAGGGCCUUGUCGAAAAAUCCCCUUACGAUAAAAGUACUGGAAUGGUAUGUUUCAUCACACAUGUCGCUCAUGUAUAAUGUUGCAACCAAACAUUAUCUAAGGUCUUCAAAAAAUUUUCACAACACCCCUCUCAGAUGUCCUGCCUUGUUCUUUUUCUCUGAAGCCGAUAAAGUCGGGAAUCCUGUAGGCAAUCAGUUAGUGAUGGAGAAUUGGCAAGUUAGAGGGGUGGAUGUCCGAGCCAAAUGCUGGAAAGAUUCCAAGCAUGUGAGUCAUAUGUAUAAGUACCAAAGCGAAUAUUUGAAUGAGAUGGAUCAAUUUUUGGCUAAAAUUAAUUUAUUACCUGCUAAAGUAUAAUGUAUUCAUUGUUUAUUUACAUGGUGUGAAACUUUGUUUUGCAUUUCAUGAUGGAUUUAUUCCCUGUGUUAUAGGCAAACAAUUUGUGUUUGACAUAUUUUUCAUCAUUUUUGUUGAAAAUAACACCUUAUUUAUGUAACUUAAAAAUCACAACUGAAUAAUUGCCUAGCUGAAUUGCAAUUAUAAUAAUGUGGUAUUCUGCCAUUUUUCUCGUUUGUAAAAAUUCAUCAUCAAAUAUUAGUAUAAAAAUUAUCAUUAAGUAAAUCAAAUUAUUCUAGAUAAAAUAUUACUUAGCAAUUAAAUAUUAGUGAUUUAUUUACUUUUACCCUUGAUGCAUUUUAGAAUGUAUGUCCACUACUCAAAAGUUGCAUGAAAAGUAUAUACCUUUAAAAGCACUGUCUCUUCCUAACUAUUCAACAAAUUUGAUAUUUAGUUAAAGGAAUAUUGUAGGGCAGUCAGUCACCAAUGCA